AUGCAACACCACCCUCCCACCCUUAACGUGGCCAUUGACUGCUGCUGCAACUGGUUCUCCUCCACACAGCCUGGGAUGGGGAGCGGCCAGCUCCAUUAUUCUGUGCCGGAGGAAUCCAAACAUGGCACCUUCGUGGGCCGCAUUGCCCAAGACCUGGGGCUGGAGGUGAGUGAGCUGGUUCCAAGGCUGUUCCGGAUGGAAUACCAAGGUCAUGGGGACUAUUUCAGGGUAAAUUUGCAAAACGGGAUUUUGUUUGUGAAUUCCCAGAUAGAUAGGGAGGAGCUGUGUGCCAGGAGUCCUUUGUGUUCGAUUCACCUGGAGGUGAUUGUGGAUAAACCACUGCAGGUUUUCCAUGUGGAAGUGGAGAUUGUAGACAUAAAUGACAAUGCUCCUGUUUUCUCUGUCACUGAACAAACAUUGUUUAUUGCAGAAUCGAGAUGGCUAAAUUCUCUUUUCCCACUAGACAGUGCUUCUGAUGCAGAUAUUGGCACUAAUGCUCUGUUAACUUACAAGAUCAAUCCAAAUGAUCAUUUCAGGCUCAAUGUAGUAACAAACGAAGACCAAACAAAAUCUGCCGGACUUGAAUUAAAGAAACUGUUAGACAGGGAAGCUAUCUCUGUGCAUCAUUUAUUACUGACGGCCACAGACGGGGGCAAACCAGAGCUCACAGGAACAGUCCAGCUGGUGAUAAAUGUGUUGGAUGUAAAUGAUAAUGCACCAUUAUUCAAUCAAUCCGUCUACAAAGUCAAACUACCAGAGAAUCCAGUUAAUGGGACACUAAUACUUAUACUCAAUGCCACAGACAUGGAUGAAGGAAUUUCGAAAGACAUUUCUUAUUCCUUUAGCAGCCUUGUGCCUUCCAAAGUUAAACAAGUCUUCAAAAUAAGUGAAAGCACUGGUGAAAUAAAGGUUAUAGGGCCAUUAGAUUAUGAAGAUAUUAACUUGUGGGAAAUUCAGGUUGUAGCAGAAGAUAAAGGCAACCCUCCUCUGGCUGGACAUUGCAAAGUUGUGAUAGAGCUUCUUGACAUGAAUGACAAUGCCCCUCACCUGUCAUUGAAGUCCCUGUCAGUGCCAGUGCCAGAGGACUCCCUUCAAGGUAUGAUGGUGGCUUUGAUCAGUGUCUCAGACAGGGACUCUGGAGCCAAUGGGCAAGUGAGCUGCUCCCUGUGGCCUCCUGGGCUUCCCUUCAAGCUGGUGUCCACCUUCAAGAAUUACUACUCAAUGGUGCUGGAGGAGCCCUUGGAUCGAGAGCGGGUGGCAGAAUAUGUGCUAGUGGUGAUGGUUUGGGAUGAAGGAACACCUUCACUAUCAGCUAGCAGUACCUUGCUAGUGCCCAUUGGUGACAUCAAUGACAAUGCACCUGCUUUUGCUCAGCCUUCCUACAUAGUCUUUGUGAAGGAAAAUAACCCGCCAGGUGCUCACAUUUUUACAUUAUCUGCCUCAGACCCAGAUGUGGCUGAGAACAGCUUGAUCAGCUACUGGCUGGAUGAGACGCUUUGGCCCCUGUCAAGCUACAUCUCAGUGCACUCAGAGAGCGGGAAGCUCUAUGCCUUACAGCCCUUCGAUUAUGAGGAGUUGAAGCUACUGGAGUUCCAAGUGAGGGCCAAGGAUGCCGGGCUGCCCUCCUUGUGCGGCAACGUGACGGUGCAAAUCUUUGUGGUGGAUGAGAAUGACAAUGCACCUUUAGUAUCUGAACAAGUAGAGGCUCCUGUCCUGCUGGUGGUCCCCAUAGGAGCUGGACAUGUGGUGGGAAAGAUCCAUGCACUGGAUGCUGAUUCAGGCUACAACGCAUGGCUGCGCUAUGAGCUGCACGAGCCAAGCAAUGGCCCCUGGCGAGUAGGGCUUUAUACUGGUGAGAUCAGCACUACAAAUGCCUUGGAUGAGGCAGAGAAUGGUGGUAACAGCCAGAGUCUGCUGGUGCUGGUAAAGGACCACGGCAAGCCUGUUCUGUCCACCACAGCCACAUUGAGCGUGUCACUUGUUGCAAGCACUCAAGCUGUUCAGGCUGAUGCCUACUUUGUCAGGAUGGGAGGACGCCCAGAGCCCCAGGUGGACAAUGUCAAUGUCUACCUAAUCAUUGCAAUCUGCUCAGUGUCUAGCUUGUUCCUGCUGGUGAUCAUUGCAUACAUCGCCCUGAGAUGCCAUUGCCAGAGCAAGGAAGCCAUGGUAUACGGUCCUGGCACAGCCACACUGGUGUGUGCAAGUGAAGUGGGCAGCUGGUCCUAUUCAAAUCGCCACAGCCACAUCUUGGCAGGAGUGAGCGGGGAACCUGGUGCCAAAAGUGACCUCAUGGUUUUCAGUCCCAAUGUUCCUGUAUUUGCAAUGAAUGGGGAUGCGGGGAAUGCAAAGGAGCUGCUUUCAAAUUCAUCUGAAGAGGUAGUGGAGAGCAACAACUUAAUUUGGGGUAUGACUUUAGAACAGCAUGAUGAGAAACUGGAAAAAAUAUUGGAGAGAGCAAUUCUAUUUCUGGACAGCAUCGGGGAUGACCUCAUAGAGGGCACGGUUCUCUUCAUGCCAGCCACAUCAUCGUGCUCAGAAACAAAGCACAGCGAGGGCAAAAAGGAGGCUGUUCUGAGGGUGGGGAGAUAA